CUCGUUCCCCUCCACUCGCUCAACUCAUUGAAACUCCUCCCGUCGGCCCAGAAUCCAGGCGUUUUCUACAAAAUUGAUGCCGGAAUCUGACGUCAUGCCCUCCGGGGAGGCGGCGUCGAAGUCACCUCUGGACAAGCCGCUCGAUCAGCUCACCGAAGAAGACAUUUCUCAACUCACUCGCGAAGAUUGCCGCCUUUACCUCAAAAAGAAUGGUAUGAGAAGGCCUUCCUGGAACAAAUCACAGGCAAUUCAGCAAGUGAUAUCGCUGAAGAGGCUCCGAGAACCGUCGCCGGAUUCCCAUGCCGGUGCUAGCAAGAGGCUGUACAUUCCUCCCGUCGCUACUGCUAACGUGGCCCGUGUCCCGCAAGUAGCUGUUGCCGAAGCAGAAGUCUCCGAUUCUGCAGAAGAAGCUGUUUGGACCAGUAGAAAUGAUGUAGAGAAGCCUAAUAUUUCUGGUCAAACACCAGCCCCUCCAGCAGCUGCUGCCAACAAGUCAGCUCAAUCCAGGAUAAUAUCUGGUUUAACGGAUAUUCUGGUCGGACAAAUGACAAUCUUCUAUUGUGGCCAGGUGAAUGUCUAUGAUGAUGUACCCGCUGAUAAGGUACAGGCAAUCAUGCAUCUUGCUGGAAGCCCAAUCCAUGUGCCUCCUGACUGUCCAGCACAACAUUUAGUUUCCCACUUACACCCUUCAGAUGUUGAAGCAGUUAAAAAAAGUGGCAACUCUCAUGUACAAAUGGAAGACAGUGGUCCAUUUUAUGAAGAUAAUCCCGUUGAGGGGUCAGGAAGUAGGAAGGCGUCAGUAAAGAGAUACCUUGAGAAGCGAAAGGACAGGUUCAAGAACAAGAGAAGGGCAGAAGUGUCUUCUUCCCCUAGUUUGGAUAUCUAUUUGAAGCCUCAAAUGCCACACCAUACCGCCAAUGAACACUCAGACAACACGGAGCGAACUAUGGAAAGGAGGUUGACGUAGGUAGGGAGGAGACUUGUAGUAUGUCCUCGUGCCAUGAGAACCAAAUCAUAUGUAAGUUCCAUUUCGACUUUCGCAUUAGGUAGACGUGACAAGAGAUGCACACGGGGGCAUGAAUUUCCCCCACGUAAUGGUUUUUUUGGAUGCAUUAUGAUAUAUGUAUUAGGUAAAUAUGUAGAUCCAUCUUCUUGAUAUGCAAACAAAACAUCUAGCUACGCAGGCUCCCACAUAAUGUUGAGUUAGAAAUGGCUUGUUUGAUUUUCGCAUU